AUGGAUGUAAACGAUAAUCCUUUCAUUAAAAAUCGUUCGAGCACAAGAAUUACGAAUGCUCCUGGAGGAAACUCAUCUGUAUCUUUUGGAAAUUAUGUAGAUAAUGAGAGCAAAAAGGUUAGUAAUAAAAACGAAAAGUCCCAAACAACCAUUAAAGAAAAUACAAAAGCUGCCGGAAAUUUAGAUGUAAAUAAUGAAAAUAAAAAAUCUGAUAGAAGAACUAACGUCAAGGUUAAUCAACCACCUGGUGGAGCUUCAAGCAUCAUUUUUGGAUAA